AUGUCGCAACAAUUUGAUUCCUCCUCUCCCAAGAAGUUAUCCCCCACCGAUGCUUCUGAAUCUGUUCCAAGAACUGAACCCGUUAACCCUAAUCAAGUUCUUCAUAUUGCUCCUUUAAGAAUGGUCCCUGGGAUAUUCGUUCCUCUGCAAACUGUGAUUCCUGAACCCGCUGCUGUAACUAGGGCAAACAUCAUAGGGAAGUCCUCUAAUGAUGAUCAUGUCCACAUUUUUGAUGAUGAUGUACAUACUCCUGAUGGUGAUGUACAAGUGACUGAGGAGGGAGAAAAUGAUGAUGAUGAUGUUCCUAAAGACAAUGAUAAUGAAUAUGUCACUGAGGAUGUCAAUGAAAUUGGGAAUAUUGAUGUCGAUGCUGGUACAGGUACUGCUACAAGUACAGGCACACAUGUUGUGGACUGUGAUGACUAUUUUUAUAAUGAUCUGAGCAAAGUUAUUCCAAAGAAAAGGAAGGCUCGAGCUAUUGUUGACUCUGACUCUGAUGUUGAUGUUGAUGCUCAAGACAUUCCACCAAGGAAGAGACCAACAACUAGCAAGCUGGCUACUAGUUUUCCUGAGGUACCCAUUGAUAAUAUUUCUUUUCAUUACCCUUCUAGUGUCAAUAGGUGGAAAUAUGUUCACCAUAAGAGGUUAGCUUUGGAAAGGGAGUUGGCUCAGAAUGUCCUUGAGAAUAAAGAGAUCAUGGAUCUGAUUCAUGAAGAUGGACUAUUGAAAAAUGUUGUUCAUUUGCUUGCAUGCUAUGAAAUGCUGGUUAAAGAGUUCAUUGUGAAUCUAUUAGAAGACUGCGCUGAUAGAAAAUCAAAGGAUUUUAGAAAAGUAUAUGUGAGAGGAAAGUGUGUUACCUUCUCCUCAACUAUUAUCAAUAAUUUUCUUGGAAGAUUUGAUGAAGCCCAACCUGAGUUGGAAGUGACUGACAACAAAAUAUGUGAGGUUAUCACUACUAAGCAGUACCCUAAUAUCCUAAGUGAAAAUGAUGUUGUUUGCAAGAGAGAAAGUGCUUUAUCAUUUCACUACAAACUAUUUCAAGGAACACAUGUUCCUAACAUUGUCACAACAUCAGCUAGAACAUCCAAAGACAGCACACCUACAGGUAAAGCUACUGUGAUAGCAAUGCUUAGGGAAACAUGCAAGGAGCUGGAGUCCAAAAAGCUGACUCUUGAAAAAUUAAUCAGCUCUCUUGAGAUGGAAGAAGGUGUUGAUUUUGUUGAGAAUGAAGCAGGUCCUGCUGAAGAUGAUGAAGAAGAAGAGGCCAGUCAAGAUGAUGGCACAGAUGAAGAAGAUGAUGUUGGCUCCAGUAGCUCUGAGUCUGAGGACUAG